ACAUUCUUAACAUUAUCGAUUGUACCAGAUUAUUAUGCCUUUUAUCAUAAAUAAGAUCGAUGACAAAUCUUCUCCUUUCUUGGUUAAACCGGAAUUCAUGGCAAUUAACAUUUACACGUUUCUUUCUAACAUAACAAUGUGAAAUAAUGUAUUUAACUGCAUAAGAAAAAUAAGAAAAUAGAUUAUUUUUGUUUUAUCAUAAACACAUGUGUAUAAUAAGAUUAGGCAAUUAACAGAAUCAGAAUUUGUCUAUGAUGUCACGUUAAAAAUAUCAUUAACAUAUGGUGGACCUUUAAUAAAGGUAUCAAAAUAAUGUCUAUAUAUUUACGGUUUUUAUGGAUACAUUCUUCACAUAUUGUAUUUGUAGAAAAUAAAUUUAGAUAAUGGGGUUAGGUAAUUUUCGAUGGAAGAUAUUGCUGAUUAUUUCUGCAUUCCUAUUAUUGUGGCAAUCUUCUAAACUAUGGUUAAUGUUAGCACAAGAUAAUGUUAUGGAAGGAGAGUCUUGGGGAAGUAAGUCGAUGACAAUGAAGCAGGAAGAUGAGAAAGAAAUAGUUCACAUAGGUGUAUAUUAUGAGACACUUUGUCCUGAUUCUCGUAGCUUUUUUAUAAAACAUUUAUUGCCUACGUAUAUGAAACUUAAAGAAAAUGUUAAAGUCAAAUUAGUACCGUACGGAAAAGCUUUGACGACACAAAAUGAUCAUACUUAUGAAUUUAAAUGUCAACAUGGACCAAUCGAAUGUCAAGGGAAUAUGGUACAUGCGUGUGCCAUUGAUCUUAUUAAAGAUCAAUCGCUUCUAUUGAAUUACUUGUCUUGCAUGAUUAAAAACAAUAUCGAACCAAUCAAAAUAAUGGAAAGUUGUGCGCAGAAGAUGAAUGUGGAUGUUAAUGCCAUUUCCAAAUGUUAUUCGGGAGCUAAAGGAAAAGAACUUUUAGCCAAAUACGGAGAAUUAACAAGUGCACUUAGGCCACAAAUUUCUUUCAUACCUACGAUUUCUCUUAACGAUAGUCUUAAGGACCAGCCUAAAAUCUUGAGAAAUUUGUUCCAAGAAGUAUGUUCAAUAUUUAAAAUCAAACCUAAAGGUUGUUUAUGAUUACAUUAUUAUUAUUAUUCAACAUUUAUUCCAUAAUCUACGAGCGCUUCUUUAUUUCAAUCUAAUUAAUUGAAAAUACAUCUUUACGAAAUAUAUUUUUGGAAAUACUUAUUUAUGUGUUUUUCAUUACUUUAUGUACGAAACAUAUGUAAAACAUAGACGAGAUAAAUUUGUAGAAUAUAUUUUGUUCUCUAUAUAUUAGUUGUGUUACAAUUAUAUUAGUUGUCUUUAUUCUAAGAAUAUUUUCCUUAUUAUAAUACUGUUGCGAAAUGAACGUUACUGUUGCGAAACGCAACACGAUACGAAUAUACCAUGAGUAACAACAUAAAACAGGAAUUACAGAGGACAUGUGCACACUUUUAUACAUUGGAACAAUUUAUUAACUCAACAUUAACAUUUUAUACAAAUUGUGCUGCUUUCUUAUUUACGAUAAGAAGUGUUAAGAAACAUCCAUGAUUAAUUUUUACUAUCUGAAAGAUUAAACGCUGAUUGCAACCAUUUUUGAAUAUGAUGCAUUGAAAAUAGAGGUAAGUACUUCUGCCGUAUAUUAUUCUUUAUAUUUAUAAUCAUCUUUAAUAAGAAAUAUAAAAGGCGAGCAAAUUCUAAUCUUACAAUUAAAUUAAUAUCCUCCUUGGAUUUUUAAGAUCAGGAUGAAACAAUCAAAAUCUAAUAAUGGAAUAUUCUUUUCAACAUAAUAAAUUUAAUUAAUUAGUCAAGUAGCUAUAUAUAGAUAUUUUAAAAUUUCUUUCUUUUCUUUUGUUUUCCUUUCUUUUUUUUUGGCAACAGAGAAACGCCCUAGUUAUCAUUUUAAAGAGAAAUCUUGUAAAAAGUAAAAAACAACACUUAAUAAUGGAGCACCAUUGAAUUGUUCAAACAACAGCAUUGUUGAUGAAGAGAUGAACGUGUUAAAUUGCAAGAAAGAUCGUCAUUGGAAUUGACGAUUGAAAGAUAACAAAAAAACAAACAAAAACAACAACAACAAAAA